CUUGCAGACUCCUCAGAAAUGCGUUCACUCAUCGUGCUCGCCGCUUUGGCUGUUACUGUCUGCUUUGCACAGGACAAUUGCUACAUCAAUGACAGCGGUUUCACUUGCUGUAACAAGGAGCUCGAGUCAGCCAUGAAAGGAGCCAUGGGAGGAGAUGACUUGCUCGGAUCAGCCGAUUCCAUUCAAAAGGGAGCCGAAGGAUCUCUCGGAGGAAAAUUCGAGACUGUCGUCGCUCUCGAUGACUUUGCCUACAAAUCUCAUUUCAAGGAGGGAAAAUCUUGCAAGAUCGAGAAGAACGGACAAUACGCUCUUGCAUGGCAGCCAUAAGCAGUUGGCUUAUAUCCUUUCGUUUUCUUUACUGGUUCCAGCGACUUUCAUUUUCUGUACAUUUCUCAUUUUGAAAUUCCCCAACUGAUGACGAUCCCCAACUCCCCCAUUCCUUGCUUAUCUCAUAUUGCUUUUCAGUUAUUUUUCAAGUUCCACACGGCACAUUUUUUGUAUAAAUGAAAAUUUUCAUUGAAAAU